GAAUUUAAAUGCGUCUGCAACUACUGUAACCACUUCUACAUCCUAGACUUACAUAAAAGUGGAACCACUACUCUGCUUUGCCACUCAAGAACCUGCCCUAAAACCCCUAAUAAUACAUGUCCUAAGAUCGAUCAGCUGGUGUUUCGAGAAAUGAUUGUUAUGGUUAUUGUCGAGCAUGAUCUACUUUACGCCUUUGUUGAGUACAAAAGAGUUCAAGAAGCUUUGCAUUAUGCCAACCCGACCAUAGAGUUCUGGUGUAGGAACACGACGGUUUCAGAUGUUCUUAAGAUCUUUGAGAGAGAGAAAAUGAAGCUCAGGCAGGUGUUGAGAGAAUCUCCGGGUAGGAUCUGUCUAACGACAGAUCUAUGGAGAGCAAUAACAAUCGAAGGAUAUCUCUGUCUUACUGCCCACUAUGUCGAUGCUGAGUGGAACCUUAGAGCGAAGAUCCUCUCCUUUUGCGCUUUCCCUCCACCCCAUUCUGCUUUGGCCAUUGCAAUGAAACUAAUGGAGCUGAUUAAAGAAUGGGGUUUGCAUAAGAAGGUCUUCACAGUUAUCGUUGAUAAUGCUUCCUCCAAUGACAACAUGCAAGGAGUUCUCAAGAGGCAGCUUAGAAAGGAUUUAGUUUGUAGUGGAGAGAUUUUUCACAUAAGGUGCGCAGCUCAUAUUCUGAACCUCAUUGUCCAAGAUGGAUUAGCUGUGAUAAGUGAGGCCUUGGAGAAGAUCAUGGACAGCGUUAAGUAUGUCAAGGUCACUGAGUCUAGAGAGAUGUUGUUUCAAGGCUGCGUGGAGACUCUUGGGAUUGUUAAGAAAGGGGGUUUAGUUUUGGAUGUUACUACGCGGUGGAACUCAACCUAUCUGAUGUUGUCUAGGGCUCUUCACUACAAAGAGGCAUUUAAGAAUCUUGCAGAAAUCGAGACAAGUUACAAGAGCUUACCUACAGAGUCUGAGUGGUUAAGAGCUGGGCUGAUUUGUGAUUUGUUACAGCCGUUUGAUGAGAUGACAAGACUCAUUUCCGGCUCUUCUUACCCUACAACGAAUCUGUACUUCAUGGAAGUAUGGAAAAUUCAAAGUUGGUUGGGAUCAAAUGAGUUCCAUGAAGAUACGGUGAUUGAUGAUAUGGUGGCUUCCAUGAGGUUGAAGUUUGUUAAGUUCUGGGAAGAGUAUAUCGACAUUCUAGCCAUUGCAGCAGUGUUAGAUCUUAGGCUAAAGUUCAAGGUUUUAGAGUACUACUACCACAGUGCAGAUCCAGCAACUUGUAAAUCCAGAAUGGAUUACAUACGCAAAAGGAUGUUGAAGCUCUAUGGAGUUUACAAGAAGAAUACUACUGCACAUAGUUCACAAGAAGUAGAAGCAGAUGCUCUACCUGCUGGUUUGGUGUAAGUUAUUUAAAACCGAUGCUUUAGAUGUGUACUUAAGUUAUCUACCAGAAACAUAUGAUUUAAUAAUCUCUUCCUUUGCAGAGCUUCUAUGAGUUCUUCUCUCAACAAGCAGGAACAAGGGAAUCUGCUUUGGAUUUGUAUCUGAGUGAACAUGUGCUUGAUAUGGUUGCAAAUUAAAUGUUAGAUGUCCUCAAGUAUUGGAGGGACCAUGCAAACAAGUUUAAGGAGCUGUCUCGAAUGGCCUCUGAUGUUCUCUGCAUCCCAAUAACAACAGUGUCGUUUGAGUCAUCCUUCAGUGUGGGAAGUCGGGUUCUUAGCAAAUGUGCCUCCUUCCAUCAAAUGUCCAAGCUUUGAUUUGUGCUAGAAACUGGCUUCGUGGUUUUGAAGUGAUUGCUGGAUGCGAUUUAGAUGAGGAAAUUCAGAAAAAUGCCAUUGAGAAAGCAGAAGGAAAUGGAAAGAAGAAGAAGAAGACCCGACACAAGUAAAGGUAUAAUCACUUAGAAUCAUUAGGAGAGGAAACUUAAUGAUAGGUUUAGUUUCUGGUUUUUGUGCUCGCUUUUGUACUUUAUUAUGUUGAUCGUUUUGUUGGUGGAAUAGUUGCUGGAAUAGUUUCUUAUUUAGUCACUUCCGAUUUCUAAUAGGAUUUCAAUGUUUCAUUGCUUAACAUGGUUCAUUGCUUGAUGGUUAUCACCUAUGUUCUGUUGUUUGCUUAUUGUGAUGGGUUUGGUUAUGUUGUUUCUUGACUUAACAUGGUUCAUUGCUUAAUGGUUAUCACUUAGGUUAUGUUGUUUGGUUAAUGGUAAUAAGGUUGGGGUCUCUUGUGCAGGUUAAUCUCGUGCUGAUGGAGUGAGCUGAAUCAAAAGAUGUAUAAGGAAAUACUGAAGUUUAAUUAUGUAUGUAUGAACCUAAUCUAUGUUUUGGAGUUUGAAUAAUGUAUGAUAUUUUUCAAUGCUUUUACAUUAUGAACUUUAUUUAGGCUUUUGGAUGAUAUAUGAACUUUCUUUAUGUUUUUGAACUCCACGAAACGUAAUGAAGUUAAGUUGAAUAUGAAUUUUUGUAUGUUAACACUGUUUUUCUAAUUGGGCCUCGUGGAAUGCCCAUUUGGAAUGGUCCAGUUUGGUCUGGACAAUUUGGACUUGGUCCAAUUUGGGCUUAAAAAAA